GCAGGCUCCAUCAUCCACUUCUCUUGCCUUCUCCUCCUUGGCGAACAAGGUGCGCCUCCAUCCCACAGCCAUGUCGUGCUACGAUCUGUGCCGUCCCUGUGGGCCAACCCCACUUGCCAACAGCUGCAACGAGCCCUGUGUCCGGCAGUGCCAGGACUCCCGUGUGGUGAUCCAGCCCUCUCCCGUGGUGGUGACCCUGCCCGGCCCCAUCCUCAGCUCCUUCCCCCAGAACACUGCUGUGGGAUCUUCAGCAUCUGCUGCCGUUGGUAGCAUCCUGAGUGAGGAGGGAGUGCCCAUCUCCUCCGGGGGCUUUGGCCUCUCUGGCUUUGGUGGCCGCUACAGUGGCAGGAGGUGCCUGCCCUGCUAAAGCCCACGAGGAUGUCCAGUGAUCACAUCGACCACGAAGCCCGAAGCCAGGUGCCAGACUGAGGACGGAGCUGCUGGCCAGAGUUUCCAGAUGGGCUGAGCACCCUCGUGGCCUCCUGCAGAGCAGAGAGGGAAGCCAGGGUGCCAACCUGUGCUGUCUGGAAACAUGGCAAAUACCUUAAUCUUUAAAUAACUUCUUCUGAUUGCUUCUGUUGCAUUUUUACUUUGCUUUAUGUAAUCCUCUCUUUAUGAAUGAGUUGAGGGUACUUAAUGUCUGAGUAAGAAAAGCAGUGUCUUGUCUGUGUUCCAGUGUUAACGGCUUAAAUGGCUUCCUUCCUUUACAUAAAUAUUUACUUUGCUUUUGCAUUGUGGAGUGUUUGCCUAUCUCAUUAAACUGAGUCUGCAUCUUAAUUUGAAUUUCAUUGUGUUUUGUUCUCUUCUUCCACCCUUUUGGGUGGAGUAAAUCAUUAUAUGGUAAAAUCUAUGCAUUUAUUAAACC